AUGCCGGCCCAUCACCAGAAACCGGCCCCCCUCGCGCCGGCAUCGCCUCGAAACACUGCCAAAUACACUAACAAGGACGGCUCCAAGUUCAUCACCGUCCCCAAGGCCAGCCCGUCGGACUCGUCCCGGCCCUCGACGCCCACCAUCGCCAAAUCCAACCAGGCCCCGCCGCCCGCGGACCCGACAGGCCUCGACACGUCGGCGCCCACCGUAAAUCGCAAGAAGCAGAAGCGGCGGCAAAAGGCUGCGGCCAAGGCGGCCGCUGCGCAGGCUGCCAAUGGCCAUCCCAGCCCCGCUCUCAGCUCCGACAAGCAGAUGCCCGCCGACUAUGAGCUUGUCGCAAGUGACGAGGAUGAUGAUGUCUAUGAUCUAGUUGACGACGCGGACCCUAGGCCGGCGACGAAUGGCCACGCCAUAGAUCCUAAAGCUAAUAAAAAGAACAAGAAAAAGAAGAAAAAGUCCGGUCCCGGUGCCCACGCCGAGGAGAUGGAUCUGGCACAGCAUCGUCACAACCACCACACUCACAACCAUCGCUAUCACGGGGACGACUUGGCGCCAGCGGCUCCGGCGCUGCGUGGCUCCGGAAUGUCUAGGGAUAAGAUAUGGAGCACCAGCAAUCACGAGGAGCGCGAGCGUAUCAAGGAGUUCUGGCUUGGCUUGGGCGAGGAUGACCGGAAAUCCUUGGUCAAGGUGGAAAAGGACGCCGUACUAAAGAAGAUGAAGGAGCAGCAGAAGCAUACGUGUAGCUGUACCGUCUGCGGGAGGAAGCGCACCGCCAUCGAAGAGGAACUGGAAGGUCUGUAUGACGCAUACUAUCUCGAGCUCGAGCAGUUUGCCAAUCAAGGAGAGGGCCCCCCGAUGCUCCCCCCUCCUCCCCGAGACUUUUCGGUCCGCCAAACGCGAGGCUUGCCCGGGGGAUACCCCCGGCCUCCCCCAGCCCGCGGUCGAAUAGUGGAGCACGUGGGCGACGAUGACGAAGAGUUAGAAGAAGCAUACAGCGAAGACGAAGCGGAGGACGACGAGUAUAGCGACGACGAACCUCCCGAGGAAUUUCACGGCUCUCCUGACCGAGACGUAGCUGAUUUCUUGACGUUUGGUAACAGUCUCCAAGUCAAGGGUACGCAACUUCUUGAAUCACUUCUGCACAGAUAUGGUAACAUGGACUUAGGCGGCAUUCUCACCGUGGCGGAUGACCUACUCAAAAACGACGGCAGACGCUUCAUCGAAAUGAUGGAGCAGCUUGCAGAACGUCGAAUGGCCCGAGAAGAGGACGCGCGAGAGCACUUCGCUCGCGGCUACGGUCAUCCCAACGGCUCAUACUCCGCUCCUCACAACCAUCCUCCUCCCGAAGACGAAGAGUACGAGGACGAAGAGGAGGAGGAGGAGGAGGAGGACUACGACGACAGUCAAGACGAGGAGUAUGAGGAUGAAGAGGUAUACUACAACCCCUCUGUGAUGCCGUCCAAGUUCCAUACUGAGUGCUGUUGCCAGGACCCGAUGACGGAAGAGCAGCGAAUGGAAGAAGGCCGUCGCAUGUUCCAGAUAUUCGCCGCCCGCAUGUUCGAACAACGAGUACUAUCCGCGUACAAAGAGAAAGUCGCCAAGGAGCGUCAAGACAAGCUACUGGAAGAGCUGGAGGAGGAAAGCCGAGCUGUGGACGAGCAGAAGGCGAAAAAGGCAAAGAAUGCGCAAAAGAAGAAGGAUAAGGCCGCCCAAAGGAAGCAAGCACUUGCGGACGAGAAGGCUCGAAAGGAAGCCGAAAAGGCCGCCGAGGAAACUGCCCGAAUCGAAGCCGAGAAGAAGAAGAUUGCUGAGCAGAAACAGAAAGCCGACGAGAAACGCAAACAGAAGGAAGCCCAAAAGAAGGCCGAAGAGGACGCGCGGCUCAAGAAGGAGGCUGAUCGACUGCGGCGGAUCCACGAGCAGAAAGAGAAGCAAGCCGAAGUGGAACGAAAAGCGCGCGAGGCCAAGGAGCGAGAAAAGAAGCUCAAGGACGAGCAACGCACCAGGGAACGGGAGGCCCGAGAGCAGAAAGAGCGAGAAGCUCAGGAGCGUAAGGAGAAACAGGAACGCGACAAGCGAGAAAAGGAGGCCAGAGCUGCAAAGUCCCAGAAGGAGGCCGCAGAGGCCGCAGAGGCCGCCAGAGAAGAGCAACUGCUGCUGCUGCGAGCCAAGGAAGAAAAGGUAGCACCAAAGGUUUCCUCUGUUCAGGUAGCCCAGACUCAACCCUCACAGCCUGUCAAGCGUGAAAAUCAGCAGCAACAGCAGCAACAGCCGCCUCCCCAGACGCAGCAGACUCCUGUUUCCUUGCCCGCAGUCUUGCCUCAACAUCCUCCUAAUCCAGCAAGCUUCAUUUCGCCAAAGAUUCCCGUAGCAACUCCGGCAAUCCCCAAGGCACCAACUCCCAUACGGCCGAGGACAACGUCCCAGCAACACGGGACCGGCCCGGCAAGCUCAUCCGACUCGCAGACAGCAUCCGUUCCUAGUCAGAGCGCAUCACCACACUCUGUCACGCCGGUGUACACCAGCCCGAGCUCGACUGGGCCCGAGAGGAGAAUCAGCGCAGGCACUCCGGUCACGAUACAGCCAGCUACAAUAUCAGGUACACCGCCUGGGCUACCACUGCCCAAGGGCCCAAGCCCAUCUGCCCCGUUCCAGCUACCCAUGAUGAACAUGCAGCCUCCUCCAGGACUAGGUCCCCAUCCUCCUCCACCCCCGCCAGGUUUCUCUAACCGGCCGGGCCACGAUCCCAUCUUCCCGGUAGGGUUUCGACCAAGUCCCGGACAUAAUAUGAUGAUUCCGCCGCCAGGCAUUAACAGCUCUGCGGUUCGCGGCUAUCCACCCGUCACAAUGCCCCCUCCCGGGUUCUCACAGCCAGUUGCUGAUUAUCCCAUGAGCCAAGUCUAUCCCAUGCCUACCAGAGACGGCCCUGUCAUGACACACGGGCGCCAAGGUUCCAUUGGAUUCGAGAGCUCGCCCGGUACUCCUGGACAGCCGAUUGGGCGACCAGCACCGAUAGGCCGUCCUGGCAGCGUCAGUCAUGGAUAUUCGCGUGACAAGGAGGAGGAUACGCAGCAUCUCGGAAGCCGUGUUCUCGUUGAGGACGAUGAGCCAUUGGGUGUAGAUGCUGGUGUUGGCGGCUUGCGUCAUCAACCACUAGGACCUCGAGGCGGCUUUGCUGCAGGCCCUUUUAUUGACUCGGGAUUCCCAAUGGGCCACAACCCUUGGGGUCCCAUCAACAGCCCUCCGCAGCCUUUCCCUCCCACUACGGCCCAGCAGCCAUUUGCUCUACCGACGUUUGGCAAUCCAGGCUGGGGUCCUCCAAGCGGCCCACCGGGAUUUCAUGUUGGAUCUCCGAGCGGAUUAGGAUCCAUUCGAUCGCAUGCCCAACCUCGCCACGUAACAGUGCGCUUGCUACUCUCGCAGGCGUGCAAAGAGCUGACGAAUACGGCCACUGCCGAUAAGGAUGGUUACGUUGAUCUGGCAGACAUCAAGGGACACGUCAGUAUGGUAUCUGGUGACCCUAGCAUCUCGGAACAAGACCUGUUAAACCUCUGCGACACAGUCGGCAGUCUAUCCAAUGGUGGAGGGUCUUUUGAUGUGAAGCAAGACGCUGUGGGGCUCAAGAAGAUACGAUGGGUUCCUGACACGGACGAGGGGCUAAAUCCUCACUUUCGGGCAGUCGGAGCUCCCGAUCUCGAAAAGAUGCAGCACAUGGGAACUGAAGAGAGCCCUUCUAGGCGGUUGAACCUGUUGGAACGGAUCGGAGUCACCCCGCCGUCUACUACGGCUGAGCUCCGAGCAAACCGCAUUGCAACGAACGCGACUACCGGAGAUACUGCGCAUGCGUCGACAAGUUCCCCCUUUGCCGGCUUGACAAAUACAAACACGCAGAGAGACGACGCUUCUCUACAGCAGAACAUUCAGAGUACUAUAAGAGGAAUGCACAAAAAGGGAAUCAGCGAAAACAUUACACACAGCGGUUUUCACGGGGAGGGUUCGGAUGAAAGCAGUAAAGUGGACACCUGGGUCGGCUUUUACAACCCCCGCAAGAAUGGGAGAAGAUCUUUGGGGCCCUGA